AUGAGUGAAGCACAGCUCAAGUCGUUGGUUCUUAUCCCAAAGUUCACGGGGGGGCUUUCGAUGAUUGGGUCAAGCAUUGUCUGCUGGGAUAUCCUACGAGAUAGACAGAAAAAAUUGAAAAAGGUCUACCAUCGGCUUCUUCUAGUGAUGAGUUCCAUGGAUAUCGUCCUCUCCUUUUCCCUGUUCUUGUCAACAUGGCCUAUUCCAGAAGAUACUCCCAACGCCCCCUGGUUGGCAGCUGGCAAUGAUGCCACCUGCACAGCACAAGGCUUUGCUCAGGUUUUCUUCAUGCCAGCCCUCUUCUAUAACGCUUAUCUGUCCAUCUACUAUGUAUUGGUGAUUGUCUAUGGCUGGUCGGAGCGCAGGAUUGUUCCUCUCGAGAAAUGUGCGCAUGGAUUCACAUUUGUCUUUAGCUGUGUGACCGCCUUUACGGCGUUGGCACUCGGCAUGUAUGGAUCCAACUUUUUGGUAUGGUGUUUCAUUACUGGAUCAUGGAACAUUCAAUUGGCCAUCAACAUUGCUUGGCAGUGGGCAGCCUGGGUGGUCGUUUUGUCAUGA